AUGUCAAGGCAACUGUCCACGGACUCAUUAGGAGCUCAUUCCCAAGGGACCACUUACUCAAGUGCUGCUUACUCAUUUGAUCAAAUCCGAUCAUCGAGCAUAUAUCAAAAUGGCUCUCAGAUGUCAUAUCAUGCCCCAUCGGUAAGGUCAGAUGGUUCAGACAGGUCAAAUAGCCCUGUGGAUUUUUAUGAUCCCACGCACCAGGAUCUCCAGGAAUUCGAGAAUUAUUCAUACCAGAAUGGAGAGGACUUUGCCGGGGCCCACCCGAUGUUACAGAGGAAUUCCAUGAUUGAUGGUGCGCCUGCACCUAUCCCAAUGGCAUCAGGACCCGCGUACCAUCCGUUCGCCCCUGAAGAUGAGAUGUUUUCUUUGACCCCAGUUUCCAGCUCGCUGCCAAGCCAAGUUCCAGUGUCAAGGGAUUCCUUAUCGUUUCAUCCUAGUGCGAUGAUGAAUUCCCAUGACCUGUGGGACAGUGCUGCUGAUUUCCUGGAAUCCCAAAGGUCUUCUCCCACUUUACUCGAGGAUCCCUGGACGGUGCCACCCCCACAGAUGAUGACAUCAACAACGAACAGCCCUAUGGAAUACUCGCCAAGUCUUGAUGGCCUUUCUCCAAGGUACGUUCAGGACGUUGACUUUGAUUUGGUGGAACAGCCCCCUUACACAACGACUGGUGACAGGGCAACGAGGAAGCCUGGCCCCCGGCAAUCCAAAGUUAUCAGCGACUCGGCAGCCGCCUCCAGACGUCCCCGUCUACCAGGAACUUCUGAGACCUCUGACGAGUCCUUCAAGUUAGUUGGCCGCUCGAGUCUAGAUCUUGACAAUUCUCCCCGGGAACAUCAGCUCUACCACAAUGUGACUCCCAAGGCCGAUGGAUUGUACCACUGUCCAUUUGAGGAUGACCCAAAGGCCAACUGCACCCACAAGCCCGAAAAGCUCAAGUGCAAUUACGACAAAUUCGUGGACUCCCACCUGAAGCCAUACAAGUGCAAGGUCGGCACUUGCAAGGAUCUCUGUUUCUCAUCCACGGCUUGCUUGCUCCGCCACGAGCGUGAAGCUCAUGCCAUGCACGGCCACGGCGACAAACCAUACCUCUGCACCUAUGAGGGUUGUGAGCGAGGAGCUCCUGGAAAUGGUUUCCCGCGCCACUGGAAUCUCAGAGACCACAUGAAACGAGUCCACAAUGACCCAGGAACUCAGCCCAAGAGCAACACCUCGGGAUCUCCCCAGCCUUCGGCUGGGCCUGCAAGCAAAAGUAAAAAACGCAAGGCAAGUGAAGUUGCAAAUGAUGCCCCAUUCAUGGAGAAGCCCCAGAAGAGGAAUACCACUCCCCCGGCUGUGACCCGCCAGCCACAGGAACCAAGCCUGGUUGACCGCUACCAAGAGAAGCAGCAGAUACUCCUUGAGGUUGUUGCCAAACUCGAAGACCCAAGGAAUGCUGACAAUAUGGCGUUACUACGCAACGCAAACGACUGCAUCAAGGUAAUGGUUCAAACAACCCAGCGCAUCAUUUCCGCUCCUGUGGGACAGAACUUCAAUCAGCAGUCCGGCUGA